UAUAAAAAAACCCAUUUGUUAUCAUUCACUCCCACAACAUGGACCCGGGCAGCGUUAUCCACGGCUCGUGGAUUUUGUUCGCCGCUGUUGCGAACAUUUGAAACGAAACAUAACACCGUUCUUUAUAUCGUUGGUCUUUCUAGACUGUGAGCUAAUUUCCUGUGAGUCGUCUGCUAGCUUAUGUUAGCUGGUUGGAUUGUUGUCUUCCUUUCCAGGCUAGCGUUAGCCUUCCGAGAACGGGCUGACUGUGGAGUGAGGGGCUUUGAAAUAGUACCUCUGAGGUAUUCCGGUGUUUUGAACAUAAGCGACUACUUCAAGUGUUCAUUUUUGUGCCUUUUAACGCUGUCGUGUUGAAAUCACGUCUCAAGGACGCGGAAGUGUAGCACGCUUAGUCUGAUAUUCGAACCACGUGCGGAUUUCAGCCCUCCCUCUGAUCAGUUUAUUGACGAGUGAUUGGCGGUUUUACUGCGAUUCCUCAACAGCAGACGGUUCUGCCUAGUCUAACUUGUGUGACUGGUCUGUUUCUGAUUUUUAUUGAACUUGUAGACAUUACACGGCUUUCACCCACCUUGCUGAACACUGCAUGCGUGGGGAGCUGCCAAUGUGGAGCGACUGCAUUUGGUGAUAUGCAAAUAUGGCAUUCAAACAGUACCCUCCCUCUCUAUAAAUAUUCACUCCAUUAUACUAAAUUCCUGAGCAUCACCACAAAGUCUUUUUAUAAGCUCUUAAUUGAAAUCAGCAUCGUCAAAGUGAUCCGGGUGAAAUGUCCGCGCAUUUGUUCAUUUUCUCAUCGUCUGUCUCGUUGAAUCAGUGAUCCCCUUUUCAGCGUCCAACAUUUAUUUUCCUCCUGUUGCCAGCAGAGUUUACUGACCCGCGUAAAACUAAUUUAAGUUAAUCUGUACUACUAUAACGAUUGGAUAUUUGUUUUAAAAAAACUAAAUGUUCAAAGUAACUAAUAGCUAAAGCUCAAAAUGGAUGCGGUGGAGUAAACGCCCCCCCUUUACUUUUCUUGCAGUGCUGAUUUUAUUGCAAUUGCAACUGCCAUGUUUGACCGUCUUGAUUAACAGCCAGCUUGAGUAAAAUAUUGCGUGCGUGUGUUUCCUCUACAUUCGGUCCAGCGGCAGUGCUUUAACCUAGUUCAUUCAAUAUUAAGUUGCAGUUUUAAGGUGUACUAAGUUGGUAUAAUAAUACUUUGGCAUUUCAUUUCUGCCUAUAAGGAAUCCUGAAAGGGGAAAAAUGUUCAUUACUGGGAAUCAAUUAAUUAUUUAAUUAAUUCAUUCAUUCAUUCAUUUAUUUAUUUAUUUAUUUAUUUAUUUAUUUUUAACACAGCGAGUUCUACCUGGCAAGGAUCCGAGUGUGUGGCUGGUGGUGUUUGGAAGGUUGUAAUACCUAAUCUGAAAUCCCUAAAUCUUGCACUUGACAAAUGCCAUCUAUGAUAUAGUAAUUAAAUAAAAUAAUUGAAACUAACCUUUUAUCGAAAAUUAAGGGGGAAGAAAAACGAAUAAACGUUGUAAUAAGUUUGAGGCAGACAAAUUCAACAAAUUAAUUAGAUUUUCACCUUGGUCAUGGUCCUUGUGGCAAAAUAGCUUCUAGUCUAACACUUUUAAAAAUAUUAUGUAAUGUUGUAAUGUGGGCACUAUGAAAGCGAUGUCAUGAAGUUUAAUGCAACUCUGAGUUUCACAUCUCUAUGUAACCAGAAAGGCUAAAAAUACUUCCUAGCACAGUGCCUUAUUUGGUGUAUGUAACACAAUGAGUCACAUUGAAGUAUGCAGCUAUGUACUGAAUCAUAUUUACUCUCUGCUUAAAAUAUAUGUGUAACAUUUGGGUGGAAAAUUGAUGAAACAGCUACUGCAGGAUACACACUCAUUUAUUUAGGUGUGCUUUGGUCUGACUUAAGGCCGUUGGCUGAAUUGCUAAAGCUGGAAAGGUUGGCUUAUUACAUCCCCACCCCAAUGUGGUUCCACUGCAUUACAUGCCAUAUCCAAACCAACCACAAUUAAGGGAGUAGGUUAAAGAUCUCACAAGUGCAGCACCUGUUAGCAUCUAGAUGUCCACACUUCUGUACAUAUGCGUUCUGCUUCGUUAGGUAAUUAAAUUAAAUAACUCUUUUUAGUGUGGUUCCUUGUUCAGAUAUACUCAUUGAGUGAGGAGGACUAGAAGGAUCAGAAUAAAGAAAGGCUCCUGGGAUAUACUGACUUUUAAUCCCUAAAGUCAGGUACAUACUAGAUGAGUCUUGGGCAGUCCCAAAUGUUGUGGCACCACAUUGGUGGCCCUUUAUAAUCCCAGAAAUUAUAUACGUAGCUAUUUUAGCCGAUACUGAUCAUUAUUCAUAGACUAAAUAGUGGAAUCAUGUCUGUUUAUCUACGUUUCAUUGGACUCUUGAUUAUGCUCCAUUGCCUACAAAGACAUCCAGGAAAUUUGGAUAAUGCGUGACCGGUCUGCUAGUAACCAACAGGAAACUGUAUGAAAUGAAAUAAAAAAUGUGAAAAAGGAAAACUGAUUCUGACGAAGAAGAAACGUGUGUGUAUAAUUUGUUCUCCAACUAAAGAGGAUGUAGAAAAUAGAAAAGAAAUAACAGCCGUGGUUCUUGGCCCUGAUUCAAUAACGGGCGCUAUCAUCAUACAGUGUACUUGCAUCAAAGUUGAUGUCCAUGUUUAUUAGAUUCGUGUUGCUCAGUGUAACUUGUGAUGAACUUAUAAGAUUGCUGAAAUCAGAGUGUGUAGACACCUUAAUAAGAGUAGCUUAUGUUGGAUCCUGUAAUUCCCAUAAUGCAAUUGUUUCUUAUGUUAGACUUUCUCUAGUUUGCAAAUACCACUGAUUUUCAAACUUAAGGGCUUGAGUUUAUAAUACAAGGGUUGUUGUAAACCAGCAGUCUUAAACCAAGGCUGAGAUUACUCUACAAUACAGGUCUGUUUAUCCUGUAAUUGUUAAGCUUAGGUACUAAACCUUUUUUUGCCAUAUGCAGUCAUGUGAAUACAGUGUGGCCUUUGAUUUUAAGGUUUUUACAGCAAAACAAAAAGUCUCGUUAGAUAAGAAACCUCAUGUGAGUAAAACAACAUUUUAUACUAUGCCAUUAUUUAUUUAACAAAAUAAGCCGAGGUUUAGAAGCUGUAUGUGGGAAAACUAAGUAGAAAUUCUUUUGUGGGGGUUAAGAGGGUAAGUAGCAGGCAGGUGCCACCAAGCAAAUACAAAUGUGAUUCUUUGUUAAAAGAAGUUUUGGCAGUUUUGUGGUCUGGAUCGUUCAGGUGUGUUAACACGUUGCUGAGGAGGAAAGACAUCAGCUUUGAGCUUAGAGAAGCAGUUGAUGCUGCCCUUCAAUGCGAAAAGGGUUUUAAGGUCAUUUCCAAACAACUUGAAGUCUACCAUUCCACAUGGAGAAAAGUUAUUCACAACUGGAAAACAUUCAAGUUGUCCAUCUUCCCAGAAGUCAACAUACCAGCCAAUUCACCCUAAGGUCAGUGGUCAGAAAAACUAGGAGAAAAAACAAGCAAGCAACAUGCAUUUUAGCUUCUAUAAGCCCCACUUAGCAUGUUGAACAUUAAAGUUUAUGACAUUACAAUGAGAAAAAACAAGUAUGACUUGUUGGAAAGAGGCUCUCAGGAGAAGGCCUCUUCUUUCUGAAUAAGCAGACAGCAAUGCAAAGGUUUGGAAAAUUGCAUCUGAACAAGCCACAAAACGUCUUUUGGUCUUAUGACAAAGUCAAAGACCCUGGGCUGUUCACUUGCGUGCUCUAGAGUCAAAUGUCAGACGAUCAGCUGACAAUCAAAGUUUGUCUGAUACUGAGAUAAGAAACAGAAGAAUCAUUGUACAUUUUAAAUGCUCAAUGGGCUGAAUGAAAAAGUGCUGCUUUGUAAUGCACUAAAGAACCACUAAAAGUUCUGAAGAAUUUUAAGAGGCAGAUGUAUGAUUGAAACAGUGCUGGAACCCCCCCCCCCCAAAAAAAAAAAAAAAAAAAAAAAAAAUCCAAAAAACAAAACAAAAAAACCCAAAAACCAUCUGGCUCCAGCAAGUACAGAUGGGAACCCUCUUAGUUCAUCCAUUAUGAGUGUGGGACCAAAUUUAUCUCUCACAUCAAAUGCACACUAGCUUGAAUGCUGUAGCUUAAAUUGUGUUUUGGUUUCAGUUUUGCUUGCUAAACUUCUAAAGUUGGCUUACUGUGCGGCGAAAAAUCAGGCAUGUAUGUGAAAGUGUUUGAAGAUGGUUUUGUUGCUUAUUUAUGGAUUACACUGGGAUACAGAGAUGGCAAGCGCCAAAAAAAAAAAAAAAAGAACUGGUCACAUCACAAAGUAAAUUUUCUGUCCUGAGUGUGUAUUUUAAUAUGAACUAGGACAUUUGGGCCACAUCUGACCUGCUCACCGCUUACCAAAAACCAAGGCUGGAUCAAGUCUGGCUGACACAAUUGGAGUGCCAGAGCUGGGCAAUAAUUGCCAAAGGGAGGCCAACACUGUCUAACUGGGGAAACACUAAUGUGAUUAACAAGCCCGGGACUAACCCUACAAUUCCUUUUAGUGAUUUUUCUCUAAUAAAUGCUUGUACAUUAUUUGUAGCCUGUGGUUUUUUUGUUGUUUUGUUUAUAACUAAUUUUUUUCUGUAAGGCUUGUGCUGCAGUGUAAUUACUAAAAUGGCAUUUGGCCAUAAUGUUCUCUUGUUUCACCAUAAGCCACUGAUUUAAAUCUAAUGUUGUCACUUGAUUUUUUUUUUUCUACUUUGACCACAAAAUUAGUCUUACUAAUUACUUACAUUACUUCCCUGUUAACUGUAAUUAAAUCAGGAAAUUAUGCAGAACAUGGUGCGGUGCAAUAGAGUGGCUAAGUGUAUGUUUCAUUGCAGUUGGUUUGUAAGUGCAAAAUUCUGCUUUAGUUUUUUUUAAACACCUGAUUUCAGUUUCUAGUUUAGCUUCAGGUAACAAUACCCUUGGAAUCUGAUUUGGGUGAUAAAGUCUUUCCAGUGGCUUUAACUUUCACUGUCUGGAGUUGAACUACCUUUAGUUAAACAACACCUGUGCUGAGGGCAAAGUUUAGAUACUUUAUUGUGGUAAAGUCAGUACUGCAAAGGCUUCCGCACAGAGUAUCACUGCUGCCAUGUUGUAACUGAAGAGCGUCCACACAGAGGUCCUGGUAUUUAUUCGUUUCACCAUCAGCCCAGUGACGAGGAUUAGCGUGUUCUUGAGUAUCACAAGGGUGCAAGUUUCAGAAGAGUUGUUACACCCCCAUUUAAUUACACCAAGACUGGGGGCCAAGCAGGCAAAGAAGUGUUUGGUGACGAGAAUUGAGGGGACAAUGAGAGUCCACAUGCACACCAAGUUCUGUUUCCUGUGUGUGCUCACGUUCCUCUUUCAUCAGUGCAGCCACUGCCAUGAAGGAGGACACCACCAUCAGCACGAUGGGCAUCACCACAAUGAUCAUGACAGCGCUCACAGCGACCUGCAGAUUUCUGAGGCUCCAUACGUGAGAGGGGUCACAGAGUCCCCAGGGUCCAAGAGUGGGCACGCUGGGGAUGCUCUUGAGGAGGAACAGCGCUUCUACAUCCAGCAGCUUUUCAGGCGCUAUGGCCAGGAAGACCGGCUAGAUUUCAAGGGCUUUCAGAGUCUGUUGUUUAGCUUGGGAUUGGGAGAAGUGAAGGUUGUAGGUUUGGAUCAUGAGGAUCUGGGCCAUGACCAUGUAGCCCACCUCGAGGUGUUGGAUAUGCUGCACGGACAUUCAUCCACUAACGCUGGCCACAGCCACGGCCACGGCCAGGGCCACCGGCACAGUCACACCACACAGAUGCGUCCACACCAAAAACAAGACUCUCAGCAUCCACACACAGAAGGAGCUCCCACUCGGUGCAGCCAAACCACUGCUGGACCGGCAGAACACGAGCAUGAUCACGAGCAUGAUCAUGAUCAUGAUCACGAUCACGAUCACGAUCACGAACAUGAACAUGAACAUGAACAUGAUCAUGACCAUGACCAUGAACAUGAUCACAAUCAUGAUCACAAUCACACUAAGGUAGAGGAGAAUGACCAUCAACAUGACACACACGACUUUGGCGACCACAACAAUCACACACAUGAUGAAGAGCACAAACACCAGCAGGUCAACCACAGGGACCUGUCUUCUCAGCCUCACCCUGAUCACGACCACAGCAACCACAGUGAUCAUGAACAUGACUACAAUCAUAUUCAUGAAGUGCACACAGACAUAGGCGGCACUCACCUCGACCAGGAAAAGCUGGAGCCAUCUCAGGUGCCCCAGAGGCUGCAGCCCACCCCGACAGAAAACCGACCCAAGAAACCCCGGAAACCGGGAAGAGUCAGAGGACAGCGAGGGCGAGACAAAACCACAUCUUCUCACACACCUGCAUCUGAUGACCACGACCAUGACAACACUCAUGACCAUAACCACACACAUGGUCAUAGCCACUCUCAUAAAGAUAAGAGGGAGGCACCGGGGGCACUUCCCGUGCCCACUCUGCCAGUCUCCAUGCCAGCUGGUCAUCCAGGUGGAUUAACCCAUCAGCAUGAGGAGUGUUUGAACCUCACUCAGCUCCUCACCUACUACGGCCUCAAUCCCGACUCGCUCAUCUCCCCCCGCCAGUUUGCGUAUCUGUGUCCCGCCUUGCUCUACCAAAUAGACAGGCGGGUCUGCAUCCUCCAUUACGAGCAGAUGGAUGUGGAGCAGGAAGCCUUUGAGCCUGCCAGUUCUGUGUGGGUCUGGAUUUGGGGAUUUGUGUCCAUCACCAUCAUCAGCCUGCUGUCUCUGCUGGGGGUCGUACUCGUGCCCAUCCUCAAGCAAUCGUGCUUCAAGUUCCUGCUCACCUUUCUGGUAGCGUUGGCAGUGGGCACGCUCAGUGGUGACGCUCUCCUUCACCUGCUGCCUCACUCUCAAGGGCAGCACGAUCACAGCAAACAUGGUGCCGACCAGGAAGAAGAUAUGGUAACAGCUUUUGAUGGAGUGUGGAAGGGGCUUACAGCCUUGGCCGGCAUCUACCUCCUCUUCAUCAUCGAACACUGUAUUGGCAUGUUUAAGCACUACAAAGACCAGAGGGGCAUGAAGAAGGUGAAUGAGGAGGGCAAGAUUGGCAGGAAGUUGUCAGAUCAUAAGUUAAAUCGGCGCUCGGAUGCAGAGUGGCUCCACCUUAAGCCGCUCAAUGAAGACCCUGACAGCACAGCUGUCUCCUGCGACAACAGCCACAACGACACGCAGCUCACAGAGCUCCAGACGCCCGACUCUCCCACCAACAAGACGCCGCUGGCACCCGCAAACCUCAGUCAGUCCCCCACCAAGGAGAAUGGACGUAAAACCAAGAAGCACUCGCACGGACACGGUCACUCUCAUGGAGGAAACUGCCACUCGGAUCAGGAGAUGAAGGACGCUGGGAUAGCCAGCAUUGCCUGGAUGGUCAUCAUGGGAGACGGCAUGCACAAUUUCAGCGAUGGCCUCGCCAUAGGCGCUGCGUUCAGUGCAAACCUGACAGGUGGCAUCAGCACAUCAGUGGCUGUUUUCUGCCACGAAUUACCUCAUGAACUCGGUGACUUUGCGGUGCUGCUGAAAGCCGGGAUGUCGGUGAAGCAGGCUAUUGUCUACAAUCUGCUGUCCGCCCUCAUGGCCUACGUUGGCAUGCUGAUUGGCACCGCGGUGGGCCAGUACACGCACAGUGUCACCAACUGGAUCUUCGCCAUCACAGCUGGCAUGUUCCUUUAUGUGGCUCUGGUGGAUAUGCUGCCAGAAAUGCUUCACGGGGACAGUGAGGACCACAAGCGGUGCCAGCUGGGACACUUUAUCCUGCAGAACCUGGGCAUGCUGACUGGGUUCGCCAUCAUGCUGCUCAUCGCCAUCUUCGAAGACCGCAUUGUUUUCGAUUUUGGCUUCUAGUGGAGGACAGAGGAAGCAGAAGGAGGGGAGAGCUGGAUGUAUCAGUGUUGUUCUUGGCCUUAACUUGCUCUGUUUGCAAUGUAACGGCCCGGUCUUGCAUGCAACGUGUCUCGUUCAUGGCCUGUGCCUCCAUUCCAAACAUGCUGCGGUAGCUUAUGCAUAUCUCAUGACUCUGGUAGUGGUGUUUAUACUCUGCUCCUCCAUCACUUCUCCUCCGUCAGUUCCAAUCUGUCUGCUCCCCGUGAAACAUAAAGAGGCAGAGUGACGGAGGAGCAAAGCUAUGCCCCAACCAGGAUACACCUCCUCUGUUCUGAACGUUUAAAAGAAUAAAAUAAUGUAGAUAGUGAGGUGGUGCAGGGCGUGUGUUCAUACAGAGAGGCAGCUGUCACGGCUCAGCAGCUCGCCGCCUAUCCAUCAUCACCUGUUAGUGUGUUGUCGUCGUACACCUCCCCGUGUCCUCGUCUCUCAUCCCCUCUGUGCUGUGUCCUGUCAGCUGUGCCGCGUACAUCUGUGGUGUGUGUUUCACCUGCCAUCCAUCGUCGCUGUCUUAUGUGAUCACGUCGUGUAUCAAACGCCGUCGUGCCAAGCCCCGGCCACUGGAGCAGCUCCACAGCUGCAUCGCACAGUGCCCUAAAAGCGACGCCCGGCCCGGCCCCACCUGGCUGCUACAUGUGGAAUAAACUAUUUUAGCUGGUGUUGCUUCACCUGCAAAACACGCUGACAGUUAAGCUGCAGUAUCAAAUCAGCUGUUUGUGUGUAGGAGAUUGUCUUAAUUACUCAGAUUUUAUUUUUGCUGCCAUUAACUUUAGUUUUGCCCUUAGAAUUAUGUUUUACCGCCUAAUUUUUUUAAGACUACUAAACCUUUGUAGUUUGUAGUAGCCCUUUUCAGACAUGGGAUAGGUAACAAGUGAGAGUAUUCUGUAAUUCAAACAUAGGUUUCUUCUUCUUCAGUGCUUUGAAUAGUUAUGUUAUAAUUGAGACAAAAACUGUUUUUAGAGAUUUUUAAUGUUUUUACUGCUGCUGGUGGGAUGUAACAUGACGCCACCGUCACAACGUGGCUGUUUUCCACCAGCAAGCAUCAGACCGCCAACCCAAAUGUUUCUUAGUGGGAGUAGAUGCAAAUACACGCAAAGCCAAUGUGACUAAAGUCAUCAAAAUAUGUCUGUAUGGAGCGCAUCUAAAAACUAAAUUGGGAACAUUCAGAUCCUGUAAAUGAAAGUUGUUGUUUUUUUUUAAAGCGUGUCUGAAAAGGGUUACUGACAGCUGCUGCUAACAGCUGCCAAAGCCUUUACACACUAGCAUUUACAGUAAUCAGUGUUUUCUUUUUGUCUACUUUGGGAACCAAAUGCUGCAAACGUCCAGCCAACUUUGUUCUGUAAGGGUCUAACUAUCUCCAGCUAAAUGAGAACGUUUCUUACUUAGGCCUCUUUGAGAGUCACAGACUUCAAAAUGUGAAUUAAACUUAUUUUUAUCUUCAUAACAAGUGUUGUAGUUUACUCGAUUUUAUUUAGGGUGCCUCUUUGAGUUCAUGAAAGGUGCUUUGUCCCAUUGGACCAAACUGGUCUGUAGUUAUGGUAGGAGGUUCAGUUGUCUCAUCUUCACUGAUGAGACAUACAUCUGUAAAUACAUGAGGUCUGUCUAGCGUCACUUGUUGUGCAGCUAAAAGUUGAAGCUAAAAAUUCUUCCUGCUAAAAGUGUUGUUUGAAGAAUGAGUUCCUGACAAUCUGUGACAGAUGACGCAAAGAGCAGUACACUCCAGCGCUUCUAACAUCCCAGCACUUCUAGUAAUCGAUUAACUAGGUUAUCGAUCCACAGCACAAAGGUUAUUUAAUGGGAGUAUUUUUCCAACCAUGUGUAGUCACUGUGCUGGCUGUGCCCAAACCUGCCACAGUGUGGAUUUUCAGCGGCUGGUGCUUGACGCCACCCAUCAUCCCGCCCACCCCGACAUUCCAUUGGCUGCUCUGUGGCUCACAUGCUAAAGCUACCAAUCCUAGCUUCAGCUGCUGGAGCACGCAGACUUCAGUUAUCCUGUCACUGUGUGACAUCCAUCGUCUGUCUUAACUGGCUGUAAAUCGUCGUGAGUCUCACUGAUCUGACUGAAUCAUGAGUGAAGCGGUACAGACGUGUUGGGUGUUUUUAUUCUUUGUACUGCAAGAGUAAAAACGGUGAAAACUUUUGUUCCUUUUUAAUUAAAUGAACUGUGUGAAGAUCAUGGGAGGUUGUCCAGGGUGUAUUGUGACGGUGUUACAAGCCUUUUUUUUUUUUUUUUUUAAUUAUUAUUAUUUUGAAGCAGAUUAUGUCGUGACCACAGUCGUCUUAUUAUCUGCACGGUUAUUCUUUGUACAAGUGUUUUAUUAUUUCAUCUUAUGUUCACAUGGAAUUUUAGUGCAAUGGGACCUGAAUGUAUUUUAAUUCAGAAUCAAAUGAAGCUUAUUAUUUCCCCCUUUUUAAAAUAUAAGUUUACAUCUAUUUGAUUGUUUUCCUCCAAUAUUGACUGUUUUAUUUUUAUUUUUUUAAAUAAGUUAAACAUUUACCGCCCUGUCGAGUGCUCAGUAAGACUUUGUGACACAUCGCCCAAAGUUUCCUCACUGUUUCUCAGGCAGAAAGACCAUGAUCAUAUUUGCUUUGCUCUGUGUAUAUUUGUUUAGUGACCUGGAUAUAAAAUGCAAAGUGUGAUAUCCUUGCUUUUUGCCUGUCUGUACAUUCUCCCCUACGGAAGGAAAAUAAACUCUGGAAACGUC